AUGGUAUACGUUGCAAUUUACGUGGACGACGUUCUGGUGUUCUCUAGUGACAAAAAGGCUACGCAGCGGAUUAAGAUCGAGUUGUCUUCGAAAUUCAAAAUGAAUGACAUGGGUUCAGCGUCAUCCGUACUUGGGAUGAGUGUGCAGCGCGAUGAGGUAAAAAAGUUAAUUAAACUUGAUCAGUCUGAAUAUAUUUCCAGUGUACUAAAACGGUUUGGAAUGGACGAGUGUAAUGCGGUAGCUACGCCACUAGAUUUGUCGCAAAAGCUAACAUUAGAAAUGUGUCCAAAAACUGAAGAAGAAAAGAAAGAGAUGGAAAAGGUUCCAUAUAUGGAGGCAGUGGGUAAUCUGUUGUAUGCAGCACAAAAUACCCGGCCUGAUAACAGUUUCGCAGUCAAUUUGUUGAAUCGUUUUUCACAAAACCCCGGCAAAUGGCAUUGGCUCGCACUGAAGCGAGUGAUGAGGUAUUUGAAGGUCACAGUCAGCAAAGGCAUCGUGUUUCGGAAAUCAGCUAAAAGUUUAACUGGUUAUUGUGAUGCUGACUGGGCAGGAGAUCUUGAUCAAAGGCAAUCAACUUCUGGUUACGUGUUUAUAAUGCAAGGUGCAGCUAUAUCUUGGUCAUCGCACAGACAGCGAACAGUAGCAUUAUCAUCAACUGAAGCCGAGUUUAACAUCUGUAGUGAGCGCAAUGCAAGAAGCGAUUUGGUUACAUUUGCGAUUUGGUUACAUUUGGUCGGAACUAGUUCAUGGUGGUACAGAAGGAAUAAAAAUGUACUGCGAUAA